AUGACGAGCAAAGUAUUGACAACCCCGCUUGCAGGGCGACUUCUUCUCACGCACGCUGCGGACCUCGCGAAGCUGCCGGGGCCUCAAAAGCACCCACCAAACUCGCAAGAACCUGGGGAGGGGGCGCCCCUCUUCUUGGCCCUCUUUUGGCCCUGCCAGUCGCUGGAGAGCGCCAAGAGUUGGAAGCCACAGCUGACCGUGCCUAAAGGCCCCGAGCUCCGCACGGUGCGCCGCGUGAGCCUCGGGCGUCGGCCCAGCAGCUGCCCGCCAGCGGAUGAGGAGGAAGCGCCGCCACCACAUGCCAAGACUCCGAGGCAUCGCGUUGAGAUCCGCCGUCCCGUGGACACUGAGCGUCGUCCGGUCACCAGGACACCGGGGAAGAUGGUGGUCACUCCAGUGGCCCGCCCAACGCCACGCCCCACGGACUCGGCGGUGAAGGCGGCCAAGCAGGGAGGGCAUCGCACAUUCCGGGCCAGCACCAAGGACUUGGAGUAUUCGGACAGGAAGGAAAACGUGAAGCCCGUGGUGAAGCGGAGCCCUUCCGACGAGUUCCUGUCCAGGAGCACGGGCGCAGGGAGCCCGGUGUCUGGAGGCGGGCUGAACUUUAGCCGCAGCAGCAAGCUGCUGCGUGGUGGCUUCGCAGGGGCCCAGCAGCCUCCUGGCAUGCGCGUGUCCUUCGGCUCCACGACGCCGAGGCCAUGCUGCCUCUGA